AUGCACUUCUCUUCCACGCUCGCAGCUCUAUCCACAGUCCUCCUCGCCAACGCGGCACCACAGCUACCCACAGGCUGGGAAGCGCCAACCUGCACAGACGGCGGCCAACUGCACUGCUGCUCGGCAACAUUCGCGGGAGAUCUUGCGCCUGUUACGCUCCUUUCCGACUUGGCAUGCUACGAUUUGACUCCUGCAGACACGAAUUGCAUCAUAACAAAUGCACCUAUAGAUCCGCUGGUGGGAUGUAAAGGAGUGUGGUCGUGCUGUCAGGUCAACACUCUGGCCCCACUGUUGGGCAUCUUCUGCUCCGACCCACCAGGAGAAUGUGUCGGCGACGAGGCUCCCCCGAGGUGUCUGGACGUUUUGAACGAUCGAUUUGGGCAUUGUCCGGCGAACGGAGGGGGACUUCUUGGAGGAAUCUUGUAG